AGAUCUUAAAAAUGGAAAUAGGAAGAAAUCAUGGCAUCCUUGGAGUUAGGAAUGGACCGCACACAAACCUUUCCUGUUUCACACCUACCAAUAUGAGAAAACAGAAAACAAAAGAGAAAAAAGAAAAAGAUCUCCCUUUUUUGUCUGUCUGGUGUUUUUCUCUUCUAUGAAAAGAUUAUAAUUAUAGGACCAUUGUUCAACAUUUGUUCUUUCUUCAAGCAUUAGUUAUUCGAUUAGCUAUGAAGUAGAGAGAGAGAGGGAGAGAAGAAAAAUGAGCGUGUCGUUGACUGUUAUGACCUUCAAUCUUCACGAUGAUGAGCCACAAGACAGUCCUAAUUCGUGGGAGAAGAGAAGGGAUUUGUGCAUAAGUGUUAUUACCAGUUACUCACCCAUCAUCCUAUGCACCCAACAAGGAGUGAAGACACAAUUGGAUUUUCUCCAGCAGGGUUUGCCAGGUUAUGAUCAGUUUGGGAUAUCACGGAAAGGGCCUCAAGACACUACUGAUGAGCAUUGCACUAUCUUCUAUGAUAAGGAAAAAGUUGAGCUUCUAGAAGGUGGAACCUUUUGGUUGUCUGAGUCUCCCUCUGUACCUGGAAGCAUGUCAUGGGGCUCUGAAGUUCCUUGCAUUGCAACAUGGGCUACAUUUCAACUGAAAGGAGUUGAGCCUCCUGGAUUCUCAUUUCAGAUAGUAAAUACAAACAUGGACGAGUUUAGUCCUCGUGCGCGUAGACGUAGUGCUUUGCUUACAUGGCAGCACAUUGCAUCCUUACCCCCUAGCCUACCAGUUGUUUACUGUGGAGGAUUCAAUACACAAAAGGAAUCAACUACUGGACGCUUUCUUCUUGGACGAUCGAGAGAGCAUGGUGUAGUUGGGGAUAUGAGAGAUGCAUGGCCUAGUGCUCGUGUGAGGAAAAAUGUUUCUCUAAUCCGCACUUAUCAUGGAUUCAAAGGUGACAAACAAGGAACCCUUGAAUUCCUCAAAUUAAUUUUUAGAGCUCUCUGCCUCUGCUGGGAUCGGCAAACGCAGGAUCUUCACAUUGAUUGGAUCCUUUUCAGAGGGAGAUCUUUGAUUCCUGUUUCUUGUGAAGUGGUAAAUGAUAAUAUUGAUGGCUAUUAUCCAUCAUCUCAUUUUCCUAUAUUUGCUGAGUUUAUGCUUCCUCGCACUGUUAGAAUGGUAGAAUCACCUGUACAAGAAGAUAACUAAUUUUUCUUUUCUUGCCAUAUCUGGGUUUCCCUUGUAGUGCUCUUUUUUUCCUCUUUGUAGUUGUAUCCAUCAUGAAUGUCUUUUGUAGGAGUUAAAAUUGGGGUUUGUAGCGGUAUUGAGGGGAGGAGUAUUGAAGUAUGUUUUUUGUGCUUCUGAAAAAUGUGGACACAUCAUUAUCAGCAAAAUUUGUUAGCUGAUUACUGCCCCCAUAGUUGAGGAUCAUGUAUUGGGACAUAUUUUAUUUGCUUGUUAAUUUAACUUGUUCCUGCCUUUUCUUUCUCUAUGGCUAUGUACAAUGUACUUUUAUAUUUGA